AUGAUGGAUGUUCGCCAACGUCGUCAAUUCGCCGACGAUAACAAUGGCUUUAUGUCUCUCAACGCUUCCCAGUCAAAUAAAGACAGGGUUUCCUCGUCCUCUCCACUGUCUUCGUUAUCGUCACGAACUAUUACCGAAAAAAAAAUUCCUGGGUCUAUAGCUUGGUCAGUUCUAUUUGUUUAUCAUUUGGUCCUUUUUCUUUUUAUUGUUAACAAACGAGCAUGGUUCCCACCUGUCAAAAAGACAACUCCGGACGGCCCAGGAGUCUUUAACGAUGUCUUUGAAGAAGAAACUGCCCGUAAACAUCUUGAUGCCCUGGUCAGCUUUGGACAGAGGACGGUGGGCAGUUAUGCCAACGAGAAACUCGCUAAAGAUUAUAUUCUUGGAGAAUUGUACAAGAUUCAAAAAAACACCGUGUCUACUGCCCACAUUUUACAAGUGGACGAACACAACGUCAGUGGUCAGUUUUCUAUGAAACUUAAAAGUGAUUUUCUUUCCGUCUAUAGAAAUCUGAAGAAUUUAGUGGCCAAACUUGAUCCUGUGUCCAAAUUUGAAGAUGCCACUGAAAAUAGCGUGUUGGUCAAUUGCCAUUAUGACAGUGUUGCUGGAAGUCCAGGUGCUGGAGAUGAUGCUUCAAGUUGUUCCCUAAUGUUGGAAGUUCUUCGAGCAUUCUCUCAAAGACGCACGCCACUUCGACACAGCAUUAUCUUUCUCUUUAAUAGUGCUGAAGAGAACAUGUUGCAGGCUAGCCAUGGCUUCAUCACUCAGCACCCUUGGGCAAAGUCAGUAAAAGCAUUUGUCAAUUUGGAUGCUGCCGGUGCAGGAGGCUGGGAAAUUGUCUUUCAAGCUGGUCCUCAGCAUCCGUGGUUGAUUCAAACCUAUGCCCAAUCAGUCAGUUAUCCUUUUGCUUCUAUUUUGGGCCAGGAAAUCUUCCAAGGAGGUUUGGUGCCAUCUGACACAGACUAUCAAAUCUUUCACAGAUAUGGCCAAAUACCUGGUCUUGAUAUUGCUUAUGUUUCAAAUGGCUAUGUUUACCACACAAGAAAUGACCGUCCUGAAUAUAUUGAGCAGGGAUGUUUUCAAAGAGGAGGUGAUAAUCUGAAAUCAUUGCUAGAAGCUAUUGCAUCUACACCUAAAUUGACCAAUCCAGGUGCUGACCGUCAUGGAGAUAUGGUCUUCUUUGACAUUGUUGGCAUUGUAAUGAUAGCUUAUCCAAAGAGAAUGGCAACCAUUCUCAAUAUGGUAAUUAUUAUCUUUGGGCUCUUUGGUAUCAUAAAACGCAGGAUGGGAUCUGGACAUUCUCAAUUAGGCAUUUCCAAUGGCACCUACUUACGGCACUUACUUCAAGCCAUCUUGGGUCUCUUUAUCAUGUGGAUUUUUUUGGUUCUAACCAUUUUGACUUCUGCCUUUCUUCUGGUCCAAGUUGGACGCCCUAUGUCCUGGUUUAACCAUUCAAUUAAUGUAUUUUGGCUUUUUGUUGCACCUGCAGUAGCUGCGGCUAUCACAGGACUAAUGCUUCUUCAAAAAUCUGUGCACAGAAAUGUAAGUGCAUCUAGUCUUGAAAGUCUUUAUUAUGAUGCCAACAUCAUCAUCUGGUCUGUCUUCUUGGCUUUUUUGACUUACUACAACAUUGGUUCAGCCUUCUUGCUUACCAUGUGGUUAUGGAGCAUGUUUUUUGUGCGGGAUUGUCUUGUGCCUAUGCUAGACUUACAGUUUAGAGAUAAUCCAAUUCGUUUGCUUAUCCUUCACUUGGGAGCAAUAUGUUUACCAACCAUAAUGACGCUUUACCUGUCUCACCUGUCUUUACUCUUCUUCCUUCCUAUCAUGGGUCGAGUUGGUAGCUUCAUUAUUCCUGACAUUGCUGUGGGUGCUAUGGUUGCCCUGCCUAUAAUCUUCAUCACUGGAUUUAGUGCAAACAUUAUAAUGUUCAGUAGUGGGAAAAGGAAGGCCCUUUUGGCUUUGUCAGCUAUCAUCAUUAUUGGCACAAGUUCAGUCUUGUUCACUGAUUAUGGUUUCCCCUACAGUACAGAUGAUAGCAAACCAGCUUACCAACGAGUAUUUCUGAAACAUAUCAGAAGACAAUUCCAUGACCAGGAUGGCAACAUAACAAAAGCAGACAAUGGUCUCUGGUUUAUAACUUUGGAUUAUUCAGGAUUGAAAGGAAUCCAGAAAGAAAUGCCUGAUUACUUAAAAGACAUUCAACCCAUGAAAUGUGAAGGACCCUAUUGUGGUUGGCCUUACUUGUACCCUUUCAUAUGGAUCAUUGAUUACAGGACAACUGCAUAUGUUCCAGUUGAUGCUGAAGUUCGAGCUCCAUCUGUCCAAGUCAACCUGGUCAGUAAGAGGAUGUCGGCAAUCCGUGAGGUUGAACUUACUUUUGAAGUCACUGGUCCUGAUCACAUAAUUGCUUUCGUGUCACCUCAUGCUGAUAGUCCUCUAGUCCGUUGGUCUUUAAGUGAUGACCCACCCAGAUUGGCCAAACUCCCAAGUGAUAUUGACCAAGACGUCUACUUUAUCUACUACUCUCAUGCAGAAAAACCUACCACUCCAUGGACAUUCAGUCUUACAUUCUCAGUUCCGCAAGAUUGGAAAAUCGACAAAGCAGUUACAGACAUUGCUUUUGCAGGUCAUUAUAUGCAUGGAGGUUUGAAGGAGAGUGCAGAGUUGUCAGCUGCAGAAAAGAGAUUACCCAAAUGGGUUACGCCUGUCACUUGGACUGCAGUUUAUGACAGCUGGAUAUUUUGA